UUUCUAUAUCUCCAUGUUCCUCUGACUCUGCCAUGUCCUCUGUAUCUCCAACCUACCUUGACCCCACAACCCUUUCUAUGUCUCCAUGUUCCUCUGACUCUGCCAUGUCCUUUGUAUCUCCAACCUCCCCUGACUCCGCUACCCUUUCUAUGUCUCCAUGUUCCUCUGACUCUAACAUAUCCUCUGUAUCUCCAACCUCCCCUGACCCCACAACCCUUUCUAUGUCUCCAUGUUCCUCUGACUCUGCCAUGUCCUCUGUAUCUCCAACCUACCUUGACCCCACAACCCUUUCUAUAUCUCCAUGUUCCUCUGACUCUGCCAUGUCCUCUGUAUCUCCAACCUACCUUGACCCCACAACCCUUUCUAUGUCUCCAUGUUCCUCUGACUCUGCCAUAUCCUCUGUAUCUCCAACCUCCCCUGACUCCACUACCCUUUCUAUGUCUCCAUGUUCCUCUGACUCUAACAUAUCCUCUGUAUCUCCUGCCUCCCCUGACUCCGCUACCCUUUCUAUGUCUCCAUGUUCCUUUGACCCGGCCAUGUCCUCUGUAUCUCCAACCUACCUUGACCCCACAACCCUUUCUAUGUCUCCAUGUUCCUCUAACUCUAACAUAUCCUCUGUAUCUCCUGCCUACCUUGACCCCGCUACCCGUUCUAUGUCUCCAUUUUCCUCUGACGCUGCCAUGUCCUCUGUAUCUCCAACCUACCUUGACCCCACAACCCUUUCUAUGUCUCCAUGUUCCUCUGACUCUAACAUAUCCUCUGUAUCUCCUGCCUACCUUGACCCCGCUACCCGUUCUAUGUCUCCAUUUUCCUCUGACGCUGCCAUGUCCUCUGUAUCUCCAACCUACCUUGACCCCGCUACCCGUUCUAUGUCUCCAUGUUCCUUUGACCCGGCCAUGUCCUCUGUAUCUCCAACCUACCUUGACCCCGCUACCCGUUCUAUGUCUCCAUGUUCCUCUGACUCUGCCAUGUCCUCUGUAUCUCCAACCUACCUUGACCCCACAACCCUUUCUAUGUCUCCAUGUUCCUCUGACUCUAACAUAUCCUCUGUAUCUCCUGCCUACCUUGACCCCGCUACCCGUUCUAUGUCUCCAUAUUCCUUUGACCCGGCCAUGUCCUCUGUAUCUCCAACCUACCUUGACCCCACAACCCUUUCUAUGUCUCCAUGUUCCUCUGACUCUGCCAUGUCCUCUGUAUCUCCAACCUACCUUGACCCCGCUACCCGUUCUAUGUCUCCAAGUUCCUCUGACUCUGCCAUGUCCUCUGUAUCUCCAACCUACCUUGACCCCACAACCCUUUCUAUGUCUCCAUGUUCCUCUGACUCUAACAUAUCCUCUGUAUCUCCUGCCUACCUUGACCCCGCUACCCUUUCUAUGUCUCCAUUUUCCUCUGACGCUGCCAUAUCCUCUGUAUCUCCAACCUCCCCUGACUCCGCUACCCUUUCUAUGUCUCCAUGUCCCUCUGACUCUGCCAUAUCCUCUGUAUCUCCAACCUCCCCUGACCCCACAACCCUUUCUAUGUCUCCAUGUUCCUCUGACUCUAACAUAUCCUCUGUAUCUCCUGCCUACCUUGACCCCGCUACCCGUUCUAUGUCUCCAUGUUCCUUUGACCCGACCAUGUCCUCUGUAUCUCCAACCUACCUUGACCCCACAACCCUUUCUAUGUCUCCAUGUUCCUCUGACUCUAACAUAUCCUCUGUAUCUCCUGCCUACCUUGACCCCGCUACCCGUUCUAUGUCUCCAUGUUCCUCUGACUCUGCCAUGUCCUCUGUAUCUCCAACCUACCUUGACCCCGCUACCCGUUCUAUGUCUCCAUUUUCCUCUGACGCUGCCAUGUCCUCUGUAUCUCCAACCUACCUUGACCCCGCUACCCGUUCUAUGUCUCCAUGUUCCUUUGACCCGGCCAUGUCCUCUGUAUCUCCAACCUAUCUUGACCCCACAACCCUUUCUAUGUCUCCAUGUUCCUCUGACUCUAACAUAUCCUCUGUAUCUCCUGCCUACCUUGACCCCGCUACCCGUUCUAUGUCUCCAUGUUCCUUUGACCCGGCCAUGUCCUCUGUAUCUCCAACCUACCUUGACCCCACAACCCUUUCUAUGUCUCCAUGUUCCUCUGACCCGGCCAGGUCCUCUGUAUCUCCAACCUACCUUGACCCCACAACCCUUUCUAUGUCUCCAUGUUCCUCUGACUCUAACAUAUCCUCUGUAUCUCCUGCCUACCUUGACUCCGCAACCCUUUCUAUGUCUCCAUGUUCCUCUGACUCUGCCAUAUCCUCUGUAUCUCCAACCUCCCCUGACUCCGCUACCCUUUCUAUGUCUCCAUGUCCCUCUGACUCUAACAUAUCCUCUGUAUCUCCUGCCUCCCCUGACUCCGCUACCCUUUCUAUGUCUCCAUGUCCCUCUGACUCUGCCAUAUCCUCUGUAUCUCCAACCUCCCCUGACCCCACAACCCUUUCUAUGUCUCCAUGUUCCUCUAACUCUAACAUAUCCUCUGUAUCUCCUGCCUACCUUGACCCCGCUACCUGUUCUAUGUCUCCAUUUUCCUCUGACGCUGCCAUGUCCUCUGUAUCUCCAACCUACCUUGACCCCGCUACCCGUUCUAUGUCUCCAUGUUCCUUUGACCCGGCCAUGUCCUCUGUAUCUCCAACCUAUCUUGACCCCACAACCCUUUCUAUGUCUCCAUGUUCCUCUGACUCUAACAUAUCCUCUGUAUCUCCUGCCUACCUUGACCCCGCUACCCGUUCUAUGUCUCCAUGUUCCUUUGACCCGGCCAUGUCCUCUGUAUCUCCAACCUACCUUGACCCCACAACCCUUUCUAUGUCUCCAUGUUCCUCUGACCCGGCCAGGUCCUCUGUAUCUCCAACCUACCUUGACCCCACAACCCUUUCUAUGUCUCCAUGUUCCUCUGACUCUAACAUAUCCUCUGUAUCUCCUGCCUACCUUGACUCCGCAACCCUUUCUAUGUCUCCAUGUUCCUCUGACUCUGCCAUAUCCUCUGUAUCUCCAACCUCCCCUGACUCCGCUACCCUUUCUAUGUCUCCAUGUCCCUCUGACUCUGCCAUAUCCUCUGUAUCUCCAACCUCCCCUGACCCCACAACCCUUUCUAUGUCUCCAUGUUCCUCUGACUCUAACAUAUCCUCUGUAUCUCCUGCCUACCUUGACCCCGCUACCCGUUCUAUGUCUCCAUGUUCCUUUGACCCGGCCAUGUCCUCUGUAUCUCCAACCUACCUUGACCCCACAACCCUUUCUAUGUCUCCAUGUUCCUCUGACUCUAACAUAUCCUCUGUAUCUCCUGCCUACCUUGACCCCGCUACCCUUUCUAUGUCUCCAUUUUCCUCUGACGCUGCCAUGUCCUCUGUAUCUCCAACCUACCUUGACCCCGCUACCCGUUCUAUGUCUCCAUGUUCCUUUGACCCGGCCAUGUCCUCUGUAUCUCCAACCUACCUUGACCCCACAACCCUUUCUAUGUCUCCAUGUUCCUCUGACGCUGCCAUAUCCUCUGUAUCUCCUGCCUACCUUGACCCCGCUACCCGUUCUAUGUCUCCAUUUUCCUCUGACGCUGCCAUGUCCUCUGUAUCUCCAACCUCCCCUGACCCCACAACCCUUUCUAUGUCUCCAUUUUCCUCUGACUCUAACAUAUCCUCUGUAUCUCCUGCCUACCUUGACCCCACAACCCUUUCUAUGUCUCCAGGUUCCUCUGACGCUGCCAUAUCCUCUGUAUCUCCAACCUCCCCUGAACCCACAACACUUUCUAUGUCUCCAUGUUCCUCUGACCCGGCCAUGUCCUCUGUAUCUCCCACCUACCUUGACCCCACAACCCUUUCUAUGUCUCCAUGUUCCUGUGACUCUGCCAUAUCCUCUGUAUCUCCCACCUAUCUUGACCCCACUACCCGUUCUAUGUCUCCAUGUUCCUGUGACUCUGCCAUAUCCUCUGUAUCUCCCACAACCCGUUCUAUGUCUCCAUGAUCUUUUGACCCUGUCAUAUCCUCUUUGUUUCAGAACUCUGGCUGCAACAGCCCUCCUGCCUAUGUAGACCUUAUCCUUGUUGACUGUAUUUUUCACAUUAUGAGCAGGA